AUGGCCGCCAAAUGCGCGGGCCGCCUUAGCGGUGUGGGCGCGCGCUCCCUCAGCGACUUCGUCGGGCUCGCGACAUUCCAGGGGUUCCGGGGAUGCCGGACGCGAGCGCAGCGCCACCCAAUCAGACAUUUGUCUUCGUGUGGCAUUCUUAUGACUAGAACACCAAAAAGGAUUUUGCAGGAUGUUGGCGACCCUUGUAUCCAGCACUGUCGGGGCUUUCUGGGAUUUGCUGGACCAUUCUCUAAUAAGAGAAAGGAGUAUUCAGAGAGAAGAAUAAUUGGCUACUCCAUGCAAGAGAUGUACGAAGUGGUAUCCAAUGUGGAAGAGUACAAACAAUUUGUUCCGUGGUGUAAAAAGUCCACUGUCGUCUCCAAGCGCACAGGAUAUGCAAAAGCACAGCUGGAGGUUGGAUUUCCACCCAUCUUGGAGAGAUACACAUCUAUCCUCACACUGGUGCGCCCUCAUCUAGUAAAAGCUAUCUGUACAGAUGGUCGACUUUUCAACCAUUUGGAGACCAUUUGGCGUUUUAGUCCUGGCAUCCCUGGCUAUCCUCGUACCUGCACUGUAGACUUUUCGAUAUCCUUUGAAUUUCGUUCUUUGCUGCAUUCCCAGCUGGCCACUGUCUUUUUUGAUGAAGUUGUGAAACAGAUGGUUGCGGCUUUUGAGAGGCGGGCAGGGAAGACUUAUGGUCCAGAAACACCAAUACCCCAAGAGCUCAUGUUUCAUGAAAUUCAUCAAACGUGA